UUACAAUUAUAUAGUUGCUGCUCCAACGUAUUUUGCGGAUGCUUUGACACGUCUGUUCGAAAAUAUAGCCGUUAUUAUUGAUCAGCACCAACCAUUAGUGGAGCAACAUUACGGCAAGGGAAAAAUGCUUCGGGUCAUUCAGCGAUUGCAGGAAGAAAGUGAUAUACAGAGCGGUAUUAUUUUGGAUAGAUUUUUAAGAGCAAGAAAAUUAGAAUCGAAGCUUGUGGAGAUCCAAUGCCAACUAGUAUCGAUAAUGCGCACAGAUUCAUCAUAUACGGUGAAUAAGUCAGGAACUCAAAUAGCUAACUCACCAGAAGAACCAGAGGUCACCAAUCCUCUUAUUGACCCUCGGCAGCUUGAUGCUAACCUCCAUGAACUUUCCCUGUUAUGCCAACGCAGUGUCCUGUUCCAGAAUUUUCUCAAUGAACGAGCUAUCGAAGAAAUGGAUGUCUUGAUAUCUGAUAAUGAGAAUGAAAAGGAUCUUGUCAUGAAAGACAAAAAUGAGAAAUUCUACGGUGGCAAUGGUCUUUUAUUAUCAUCGGGCCUCACCAAACGCGUGAGAGAACUUAUGAGCUCAUAUAUCGUGAUUGAUGAAUACUUAUUGAAAAAGAGUAUCGAUAAAGCAAUGAAAUUAGAUGACUAUGACCCCACGCUAGCAUCAACAUCAACUUGCGUGGAUGAUGUUUUCUUUAUCCUGAAAGCUGUGCUGAAGCGCGCUAUUUCUACUUAUGAACCUCAGGUUGUGUCAUCAACAGUCCGAACGGCUGUCACAAUACUAGAAUCUACUUACUUGCAGGUUUUGCACCAGAGACUUAAUACAGUAUUCACUUCGUAUGAUCCUUCAGGGCGCAAUGCUGAAAGGGCUAUGGAGCAGGCCAAAAUAGACUAUAUGGUGACGCUUAAUAAUUUGGAUGUUAGUGCUGAUUAUACCCACCGUUUAGCAAAAGAAGUUGAACCCGAUAUCAUCAAUGGCGUCUGGCUUGAAGGAGACAACGAUGUUCAAAAAGCGUUAAGCUACAUUAAGGAUUUCGAAAACUUUUCUGAUAAGUUUGACAAUUUAUUAAAGAAUGGUAUUGAGCAACUAAUGAAGCAAAUUUUGAAGCCAAGGAUACGUCCGCUAUUCCAGGAAUCUUAUAAAGACGUUAGAUAUGUCUUGGAGGAAGACGAGUACAAUGAAGCAGAUAUUGAUGAAAAGUUUGUUAAACGGUUCCGUCAACGCUUUGAUAACCUAAUCAAAGUCUACAAAACUUCAUUAACAGAUAAUAACUUCAGCACUUUAUUGGGAUUACUAGUCAAUGCUGUAGCUUUACAGUGGGAGAGAAUUGUUUUUCAAACAAGAUUCAACCAAUAUGGUGCUCUCCGUUUCGAUAAAGAUUUGAGAUCGAUCAUUCACUAUUUUUCAACGUUAACAGAAUGGCUAUCAAGAGACAGGUUCACACGUUUAAACCAGAUGGUUACUUUGCUUAAUUUUGAGGAGCCUUCAGAGAUUUACGAUUUUUGGGGACAAAAGGCUGGUUCUGUCAGUUGGCGUUUGACUGUAACCGAAGUCAAGAAAAUUUUAUCCUUGAGACUAGAUUUUGAUGCAAAUGAAGUCGCUAACCUGCUACCCAAAAGUCAAUGAAAAUAAUAAAUUUUGAUUCCUUUUCCUAGCAAAUCAGUAAAGUUCAUUUCUUGUUGUUGGCCUU